AUGGACAAAAUAGAAACAAACCAUUUUCACGAUAAUAACACCUUCAACGAUAAUUCAAAUAACGCUGAAAAAACCAAGUUGAAUUUUGCUAAAAAAGAAGCCAAACGGUCUUUUAUUUUCAUUGACGCCACCGACAAAAUUAAUCCAAAUAGUGUAAUCACUAAAGGAGACGUCAAUCCUGCCUUUAGACCCCCGUUUCCUCCUUUACUCGAUGAUAAUGAUUUGCUUAUAAAGAGACUUUCGAAAAAUAGAGGAGGUAAAAUCGACAAAAAACCAGUUAAACCUCCAAAUGCGUUUAUUAUUUAUCGACGCACCUAUGUUAAAGCAGCGAUAGCGGAAGGAUAUAAAUUACCAAUGACUGUCAUAUCCACUAUGGCCUCACAGGCUUGGAACUACGAGCCGCCGGUGGUUAAAGCUGAAUAUAAACGAAUCGCAAAAAGUGUGAGGCUUCAACAUGAUAUCGAAUAUCCAAAAUCUAUCCCGAAACAAUCGAGAAAUGAUCGCAGUGCAACAAAAUCAAUAGAAGCUGCAAAAAAUAAUAAUGAUUCAUAUGAACUAAAUGAACAAUUUAAUUCAUCUACCGAGUCUUUGUCUUCGCCUUCAUUACAAGAUUCAGAUUUAUUUACAUCACCACCAUCGUCGACACUUGUUGAUUUCGACUUUUCUGAUCUUAGUUUUGAACCAAUUGAUUCGCUACCAAAUCAGCAACAAGAUCAGGAUAAAUUUAUUGAUUUCGUUUACGACGAAGACUUUUUUGCUCCUAAUUUAUUCGAAUUCGAAAAGUUUAUUAAUUCAAGUAAAGACAACAACAAUAAUUACAUUAAUACUGAAGAUAUAAAUUUAAACUCUGAUGUGUCAUUAAUAUCUAAAGAAUCUUCAGUAGAACAGUCGUAUAAACAAAUUUCUUCAAUAUCGAAAAGGUCGUCGAAGCUCGACGACCUUGAGAUCUCUUACCAACUGAACAAUCUAAAUAAUCAUUCAUUCAAUGAACAAUAUGUAGCGGCUGCUGAUUGGCUUCAAUUUAUACCGUUCUAA